UCACGACGUCAACUGCACAUGUAGUGAAAACGUCAUGACGUCAGACGCACGUUCGGAAAAGAAGCGCGACGAGUAAACAUGAAUACAUGUCUGAAAUGAACCAGAGACUGGGUUAUUAGUUUACUACAUUUAUGAAACAGGGAGGCUGUUUAAAGUGAUUAUAUGAGGAUGUCGCUGCUGAAGCCGUUUAGUAAGCUGCCUGGUUUGAACACAACGAGCAUCUUGCUGGUGGAGAGCGAGGAGCAGUUUCAGCAGAGUUUAGCAGAUGCUCUGAUGGAGGAGACCGCCGUCACUGUGAAUGUGAGACUAGCAAAGAGUCUGCCUCUGCCCAUGGAGAAUGAGGAGAGCCGUCCGAGGAUAGACCUGGUGGUGUUCAUCAUCAACCUGACCUCAGAGCUCAGUUUCCAGUCAGCAGAAGCUUCCCUGAAAUAUCUGGACCCUGGCUAUUUCCUUGGAAAAGUCUGCUUCAUGGUCACUAAUGCUCGUAACGCCUUGGUCCCCAUGAAGCGCCUGGACGCUGUCAGAAAACUGGCUGCAUCGCUGCACUGCCCCUUGCUGUUUGCAGAGGAUCAGACACCAGAUGAUGUGAGCAAAGCUACAGAGAGGCUGCUGACCAUCCUGAAGGUGGCAGGCGGCCUUGUUCCCAUGGCUACGGCUCUCUACCUGUCCAACCUGACUCGCUGCACUGUGCCCCCAGACAUCGACCAGCCGAGCUUCGAUUAGUUCCUGUUCGCUGUUUUCUCCGGAGGCUAGUCUUGUCUGACUUUUUCAUCUAUAUGAUUAUUUGUAGUUUUACAUUACUGCAUACUGCAUUCAUCAGUAGUAUGUAGUAUGUAGGAGGCGGUUACGGAUACAGCCAUUGUUCAUGCUGGCACACUGUCAUGGCUCACUGGGACACUUGAAUAGAACAGAGCUAUCAUUAAUGUUAUUAAUAACACCUGUGCUGUUCCUGUUAUGGUGAAUCAAAAGGCCUCUCUGCAGCAAAUGACCAACUAAACUCUGUUCAGUUUUUGACAGUUUGACAUGAAGCAGAGUAUUUUAACCGAUACAGUGACCUUUUGAACUGUAACUGUAACAGUCAUCUAAUGGACUGGCUUAUAGCUACAUUUCUUUGUGUAUAAUUCAUCAUUUAAAGACUCAUAGUGCACCCGCACAGGUGAUGUUAAUGAUUUUGGCUGAUUAGAUCUCUUCUCUGGACUGCGUGGGUGUUUACAGUCUGUCUCCCUCAAUGACUACACAGCUCCGCUUACCUUCAACCUAAACAGAGGUCUAAUCAGCCAGAUUGAAAACACCUGUGUGGGUGUGCAGGGCCUUUACAGUAUAUAGCCUACUGCGCUAUCAGUGGUAUCAACAAGUAUCAGUCUGCUCAUUGUUGUAUAUCAGGGCCAAUAAGAACAUGAUGCUGCACAGCUUCAUUCAGAAUAUUUCUGUAUUGCAUAGUGUAUAUAAUUAUAAUACAGUACAAUGAUUUCUAUGUAUAUAGUGUGUGUUUGUUUAUGGUUCACAGACAUUUGAUUCAUCUACUGGAUGCUUUUAACAGGAGUGUCAAUACAAGGAAAUUAAAGAUGUCUAUGAUCAAUAAAAGCCGGACUGAUCAUU